AUGCUUGACAAGCUUGAUGUUCCAAAAGCUCCAGAAGGCUCCAUAACCAUGCCAUGUCUGACCCAACAGUUGCCCUCCGUGCUACAGCGCUUCCCUAACGCUAAUCUCCUGAAAUCAGUAGUUGACUGUGCUGACGCCCAAGCUUCUCUACGGACUCUGACUAUUCGACCGGAACUGAAUUUCCGAUUCCACAUGAAGCUUUCCCUCGCUUGUCAAAUCACCUCGGCACUCCGUACAAUCACACCUUGGUCUGCGCAGGGUGGUCCCAUUGUGACAGAGAUAAUGGAACGGUUCAUCCCGUCUGAUUUGUGGAUAUUCAGUGAGCUAGCAGCUGCUACAGGUAGCCAGUCAAACUUUGAUGAUGCAAAACAUCUCUCGUGUAUUCUGCGAGAUAGUCUAGAAGAGCGAGCCGACAGGGAAAACGAGGUCCUCAUCUUAGGGGCGGCAUUAACGCAACAGUUGCCUGGUACAUCGCAGCCUUACGCAGAGUCUCUAUUCAAUUUACAAACUAUCACCCAAAAACAAGAAUGGUUCAGAAGAUACGUAGAGUGUCUCCUGAAUCUGGUUCUCCCUCCUUUGGUGAAUCAUGGAAUUGGCCUUGAAGCUCACGGACAAAACAUGGUUGCAAGAAUAUGUCGAGAGACAGGUAACAUCAAAGGGUUUGCCGUGCGUGACUUUGGCGGGAUUCGCUUGCACACGCCGACGCUUCGCCAACAGGGCGUGAGCUUUGACGCCAUGUUCCCCGACUGGGCAGUGGUGACGGAGAAUAUGAAGGAUGUGUGGGGGAAGGUGCACCAUUCGUUAUUGCAGAACCAUGUUGGGUACCUCUUAGAUGCUUUGAAUUUGCAAAAGCAUGAUGGAUGGGCUAUCGUUCGUGAUAUAUUGGAACAGGUUCUCUCAAAGCUUCCUCAAAAUGGGCUUUAUGAAUUUUGCCUACAAGAGAAGAUGCAAUUCAAAUGCUUUUUAAGGAUGCGCAUGGAGGGUAAAUAUCGUGAUUAUGUGGAGAGGGAUGUGCCGAAUGUUUUGUUAAUGGGCUCGGACAAGUGGGAUGAUAUUCUUGCAAAUUAUGUGCCCUCUCUACACUGGACAUAA